AUGGCGGAUAUUAAAAAUAUAAUCAUAAUUGGUAAAGUAGGGAGUGGCAAAUCGGCUUUGGCGAAUGCGUUAAGCAAUUCUGAUGAGUUUAAAGAAGAAACAGUAGAUAAGGAAUUUGAAAGCGAAAAGAUAAAGUAUCGAGUAAUUGAUGCGGUCGGCUUAGGAGAUAUAAAAUUAACCAAAGAAAAAUUAUUAGAAAAAUUUGAAGAAGAAAUUGGUACUUAUAUUGAUGAAGAUGUAAGCCAAAUCUUUUUGACAAUAGAAGGGAAAUUCUCUGAAUCCGAAAAGUCUUUAAACGAAUUUCUUUGGCUAAAUGAAUAUCUUUUUGAUAACAAAGUGCUGGAUUAUACUACCAUCAUAAGAACUAAUUUUCCUAAUUUUAGAAACAAAGAAAAUUGUGAAAAGGAUAUAAAAGAGUUAAUUAAUUUCUUUAAUGAUAACGGCAAGGAAAACUAUGCAGAAUUAAAUGAAAAAGUUCUUAAAAAAGAAAAAAUUGUUCAUGUUGAUAAUCCGCCGUUUAAUGAAAAUCUUAGAAAAAAAUCCAACAAAAAAUUAUUAGACUACUUGAAAAAGUGUAGCGACGGAGAGCCUUAUAGAUCAAAUUUGAGCAAAUGGUUAACUGAAAAAUACCCUGAAAACGAAAGAGAAAAUAAAACUGUAUUGGAUAUCAGUGGCCAAAAGUUAAAAGGAAGAUUAAAUUUAAAAGGAUUUGCUAAUUUAAGAAGAUUAAAUUGUGCUGGUAAUCAGUUGACUAGUAUGGAUUUGAGUGGUUGUAAAAAAUUAGUCGAACUUAAUUGUGCUGAUAAUAAAUUCGCCAGUUUAAAUUUCCUUAAAUCGGUAAGUUCGGAUAAUUUAUUAGAACAAUUGAAUAUUAGCAAUUGUUGUUCUUUAAAAGGAGAUUUGCAAUCUUUAAAAAAUUUAACCAAAUUAGAAACAUUAUUUAUCACCAAUACUAAUCUUGAUGGAGAUUUAGAAUGA